UUGCGUUCCUCAUUAGUAAGUGUCGAGUGGAUCGGAGUUGAGUGACGAUCAAUACGGGCGCAGUUUCAGCGCGCGGUAUUGCGGGAAUUGGAUUCAGUGUUAACUGUGAGAGCUUUACGUUCGUAACGAUGAGUGCGACGGACCACAUGCGCAUGAUGCUGGAUCAGCUCAUGGGAACUUCGAGAGAUGGGGAUAGUGGCCGAGGAAGAACCAAGUUCUCAGAUCCGAAAGUUUGUAAGAGCUUUCUGCUGGGAUGUUGUCCACAUGAUCUGCUUACAUCAACCAGGAUGGAUGUCGGAGAGUGUGCAAAAAUUCACGAUGUUGCACUGAAAGCAGAUUAUGAAGCAGCAUCCCUGAAAAAGGACUUUUUCUAUGACCUGGAUGCUAUGGAGCAUUUAAAAACAUUUAUCGCAGACUGCGAUCGUCGCACUGAGCAGGCGAAGAAACGAUUGCUCGAAACCCAGGAAGAACUUAGCGCAGAGGUUUCCGAUAAAGCAAACCUUGUUCACGAAUUCGGAGAACAAAUCGGUAAGAAGCUGGCUCGCGCAGAGGAGCUCGGUGAGCAGGGCGAGGUCGAAGAAAGCAUGAAGCUAAUGGAAGAGGUUGAGGAGAUCAGGAAGAAGAAGCUGAUGGCCGAAUCCGAAUUGCGGAACUCUAUGCCGGCCAGUAGCUACCAGCAACAGAAGUUGCGCGUCUGCGAAGUUUGUUCCGCAUACUUGGGCAUCCACGACAAUGACCGGCGGCUGGCUGACCACUUCGGGGGCAAGCUGCAUCUCGGCUUCAUCAAGAUCAGAGAGAAGCUGUCGAGCUUAUUGGAAUCUUGCGAAAAGCGGCGGGAGGAACGCCGCGAGGCACGCGAGCAGGAGCGGUCGGCGUUGGAGCGGCGGGAAGGCGGCGACCGAAGCGGAAGGAGAGGCGAUCGUGACGAGCGAAAUGGGCGUAGGGACAGAGACCGAGAUCGGGAUCGCCGAAGGCGGUCAAGGUCUCGCACCAAGGAUAAGUCGGUGGGCGAGGAGCGAUCCAGGUCUCGCAGUCAUCGGUCCACGUCCCGGUCUCGCAGAUCACGAUCGCAUCGCACAAGGAGCCGAUCGAGGGACCGUAGUCGCUCUCGGGAUCGUCACUCAUCUAAACGAUCUCGACGGAUGAGGUCUGUCGACAAGGAAGACGGCGAGGUGAAUAGCGAUAACUCUGACUAGACAGAUUCAUGAGAAUAAGACUUGAUUGUGAAGUUGUCUGAUUCGUAUCCACUUUUUGCGUUAUGAACGGGAUUCCGGGUGAAUGACGACUUGCUGGAAAGUUGGUUCCGUUUCGAGUUUCCGUUGUCGAUGUUGUGGUAAUAUUCUUUCUUCCAUUCUUUCGUUUUGUUCUGCUUGCUGUAAAAGAAGCUCGAUAUCAGCGUUCGGUUACAGUUGUUGGGUUUUCAUUUAUUAUUAUUUUUCCAGUUUCAUCGUAAUGUCAAAACGUUGUUUCCUCCGCAGAGUUGGCGGCAUUGUGUGUUGAAUUACAGGCUGCUGGCUUCCGCUAUGCUUUUA